AUGCCUUCCGUAUCUGCUGCUCGCUAUGGCAAGGACAAUGUCCGCGUCUGUAAAGUCGACCGCGAUGCUUCUACUGGUGUUCAAACCGUGACAGAAAUGACCGUCUGCUGUCUUCUCGAGGGAGAAAUUGAGACCUCCUACACCAAGGCCGAUAACAGUGUUGUCGUUGCCACCGACUCUAUCAAGAACACCAUCUACAUCACCGCCAAGCAGAACCCCGUCAACCCUCCUGAGUUGUAUGCCUCUAUCCUCGGCAGCCACUUCAUUGAGAAGUACAAGCACAUUCACGUUGCCAACGUCAGUGUCAAGACUGUUCGCUGGGCGCGUCUUGAGGUUGAUGGCAAGCCUCACCCUCAUAGCUUCUCCAAGGAUGGUGAGGAGACCCGAAAUGUCGAGGUCCGAGUGAGCCGACAGGAAGGCAUCGAGAUCAAGAGCUCUCUCGUUGGCUUGACUGUUCUGAAGAGUACCGGAUCUGCUUUCCAUGGCUUUGUCCGUGACGAGUACACAACGCUCCCUGAGACAUGGGACCGUAUCUUCUCGACAGACGUGGACGCCACAUGGAAGUGGAAGAAGUUCGACUCUCUCGCUGCUGUUAAGGAUGCCGUCCCCAAGUUCGACAGUGCGCGUGAGGCGGCGCGUACUAUCACCCUCAAGACGUUCGCCGAGGACUCGAGUGCUAGUGUACAAGCCACCAUGUACAAGAUGUCGGAGAUCAUCCUCGAGACUGUGCCCGAGGUCGCGACAGUCACCUACUCACUACCUAACAAGCAUUAUUUCGAGAUUGGUAAGCCCAAUUACUAUCCCCAUACUGGAGCACUCAUACUAACUCGUCGAUCAGAUCUGAGCUGGCACAAGGGGCUCAAGAACACAGGCAAGGAUGCCGAGGUCUACGCUCCCCAGUCAGGCCCUAAUGGUCUCAUCAAGUGCGAAGUGUCCCGAGACAGUCUGCAGUCAAAACUAUAA